AUGGGUGACAGAGCAGACUCUCUGAUGACCGUGCAUCUUCUCACCGAUGCAGGACACUCAUUGUUUCUGCAGCAGACUCUGGAUCAGCUUUUGCAGUGGAUCUGCCCAGACCUCUGCCUUUUCCUGGUGUCCGAGAGAGCUACUCCACUGAAAUACUAUGAGAGACAUCGUAAGAGAAGCUGUGGCUUUCCUGGAAUAUCUGUUCUCCUUUUCCUACACGAGGACCUGGGAGAAGAACGGAUUUUCCAGGUCCAUGAGCAAUUCCAGCGCCCACCCUGGCGGUACCAGUGUGCCCAGAUUGCUCACGGGCAAAGCCACCGCUUUGCCCCAGCUCCCCAGGACUUCUACAGCCUGGAUGAGCAGAUGCCCGUGUGGGGCGUCAGGCGGGUGCACAGCGGCCCCGAAAUCCUCCGCGUCACCCUCUACUGCAGUUUCGACAACUACGAGGACGCGGUGAGGCUCUACGAGAUGAUCCUGCAGGAAGAAGCCACCGUGCAGAAGAGCACCUUCUGUGUCUUCGUGCUGUGCAGAGCCCAGAAGGUCGCCGUGCAGCUCUGCCUGAAGCAGCUGCCCAUCGGGGUGGCUGCCGAGCCCCGGGAGUCGGUGGCCUUGCAGUUCAAGGUGCAAGAAAUGGGGCAGCUGGUGCCUCUCCUGCCCAACCCCUGUGUUCCCAUCAGUAGCACCAGGUGGCAAACGCAAGACUAUGAAGGAAAUACAAUUCUGCUUCAG